AUGCAGCUCUCAUCCUUCAGCGUUGGCUUCGAUGUCAUCCGCCCGUCCGCCGCCGAGCGGCAGCGGCCCGAGUUCAUGCGCGCCUUGAAAGAGCGCCGAUGGGGCGAGUUCAGUGCCAUCUUCCGGCCGUUCUGGGGCACCGGAGGGGAGAUGGGACGAUGGGAUGAGGAAUUGAUAGGGCUUCUACCUGACAGCGUCAGAGUCUUUGCGAGUGCCGGUGCUGGCUUCGACUGGGCUGAUACGGAGCUCUUGGGGCAACGAGGCAUCAUCUACUGCAACUCGGGGCUCGCAGCUGCCGAGUCCGUGGCCGACUUCGCCGUCGCCAUGAUCAUCUCAACCUUCCGGCAGCUGCCCUGGUGUAUGGCUGCCGCGACGUUGCCAUACUUGUCGACUUCCGAUUCCGCCGAAGAGGUCGCACAUAAUCUUUUCCAAUCCUGCCACGCCUUCGCGACGGGCCAGUCGAGAAACCCGCGCAACCACGUCCUCGGCCUCGUUGGGCUUGGUAAUAUCGGCCAGCAUCUGGCGGCCAAGAUGGGCAAUCCGGCUUUUGGUAUGAAAAUUCACUAUUUUGAUGUCUUCCGCAAGACGGCCGCCGUCGAGAACGAUCUUGGCGCGACGUUUCACCCAACGCUCGAGGGACUGCUGCAGGUCUCAGAUUGCGUGGUGCUCUGUACGCCGGCCAGCGCUGAUGGGAAGCCGCUUAUCACGAAAGAGACACUCAAUCAUAUGCGCCCGGGAACGCGUUUCGUGAAUAUUGCGCGAGGGAGCCUAGUGGACGCCGACGCACUCGCGGAUGCACUCGAAGCUGGCACGGUUUGGUCGGCGGCACUCGACGUGCAUGCGGAUGAGCCGCGCAUCAACAAGCGUCUGCUACGGAUGAGCGGCAUUGAGGUCACCGUAGACGGUGCGCCAAAGGGGGAUGCUCCGCGUGUGCAUCCUGGGCGAGUGAUGCUCACAUGCCACAAUGCAGGAGGGACGGUUGAUUCCCACAUUGGCUUCGAGGAGUUGAGCAUGCGCAAUAUCAUGGCCGUCCUGUCGGGAGGAGAUGCAAUCACGCCAGUCAAUAUGCAUUAUCUGAAGCGAAAGGAGCAGAAUGACCCGUUGAAAAACAAGAUGUAA